GCGCAUCAGAUAUCGCCCAAAAUAUAGAUCGACCAUCGACACCAUGGUUGGCUUCACGUGUUAACGGGGUGAAGUUUAACAUUCAGUUUCCGUUACUAUUCAGUUACAAUAAAUUAGACAAAGAUGACGAAUUGGCUGAAUUUAACAGCCCUCAUCUUGGUGGCAACAAUGGUAUGCGGACGAGAAGCCUGGCAGAAACCGGGAUGCCACAAAGUUGGUCACACCCGAAAGAUUAGCAUUCCGGAUUGCGUCGAGUUCUCCAUCACGACCAAUGCUUGUCGAGGAUUUUGUGAAUCGUUUGCGGUACCUUCUGCACCGUUUGCCGUCGGUGCACAUAGACCCAGCCAACCGGUGACAUCCGUUGGACAGUGCUGCAACAUUAUGGAUACCGAGGACGUUUUGGUGCGCGUUCUUUGUGUGAACGGCAUUCGCAACCUGACGUUCAAGUCCGCAACAAACUGUUCGUGUUACCAUUGCAAAAAGGAUUAGAUGCGGUGCCAUGUUUGUAGACAGUGACAUACAUUUAUUCAAUAUCUCAAUGUAAAAUUAAUUCUACUUUUACCUCUGAGCCACCCUUGUGCAUAUAUGUGAAUAUGUAUAUUACUGUACAAAAGCAGAUGAAAUAAAACGUAUAU